GGUCUGUCCUGUUAGAAGACCAGAGGGAGACACCGUCUCACAGCGUCACUGGCAAGUGAGUUCUUUUCAAAGGAAGACCGUUCAGAAAGGAAAACUCAUGGAUCUCACAAGCACAGUCAUCAUCCCACUGCUUUUUGGCAGCUUGGGGAUCUUCGCCCUUUUCCGGCUAUUGCAGUGGAUGCGGAUGCGAGCUUACCUCCAGGAAGCAGUGGUUGUGAUCACAGGGGCUACCUCUGGCCUGGGAAAAGAAUGUGCAAAAGCCUUCCACGCAGCUGGCUCCAAGCUGGUGCUCUGUGGCAGAGACAGCGAGAAACUCAAAGACGUGGUGCAGGAGCUUUCUACCAUGACCAAUCACCGAAGGAACACACACAAACCUCACACUGUGGUAUUUGACCUCUCGGACACUAAAACUGUCCUAAAUGCUGCUGAAGAGAUCCUGAAGUACUUGGGUCACGUGGACAUACUGAUCAACAAUGCAGGCAUCAGUUUCCGAGGCACAAUUGUGGACACAGGACUGGAUGUGGAUAAGAAAGUGAUGGAAACAAAUUAUUUCGGUCCUAUAGCCCUCACCAAAGCACUUCUCCCCUCCAUGAUCAAGAGGAGACAAGGCCACAUUGUGGCCAUCAGCAGUGUUCAAGGCAAAAUAAGCAUUCCUUUCAGAUCCGCAUAUGCUGCCUCUAAGCAUGCUACCCAGGCCUUCUUUGAUUGUCUACGAGCAGAGGUAGAGCAGUAUGACAUUGAUGUGACAGUUGUAAGCCCCGGAUACAUUCAGACAAACCUCUCUCUCAAUGCUGUAACAGCAGAUGGAUCUCGCUAUGGAGUUAUGGACAAGACCACCACCGAAGGACAGACAGCCGCAGAGGUCGCUCAGGUUGUUCUCAAUGCGGUGGGACAGAAGAAGAAGGAAGUACUUGUAGCUGGCCUAACACCUUCCCUGGCUGUCUACCUGCGAAAUCUCUUCCCCAGGCUCUUCUUCACCUUAAUGGCAACUAGAGCAAAAAAGGAGAGAAAAGCAAAGGACUCUUAGAGCUCAGCUCAUUCGAGCAGUAACUGUAGGGAGAGGCUAGCCCCCUGCAGUUUGGCUGGGACAUCGGUGGAGGUGCUCCCGCAGGAAAAACCUUUCUCAAAAUGCUGCAGUUUACCGUUGCAUGGAGAGUAGGAAGCAGUUUCCCCCACAUCAGGGCAGAGCCACUUGCUGGAAGACAGCACCUAGACCUCACCUGAAGCAGGGUGCUUGGACAAAGGGGGAGAGCUGAGGCUGCAGGGGAGGGUAACUCAAGGGGACACACUUUGCAGCAGGGGAGGCCCAUGUGCUGGAAAGACAGCACCUUACCUCACCUCACUCCAGGCAUGCUCAGCUUUCCUGGCCUGCUACAAAUAAAACCCACCUGUUUUGCCUUCACACAAGCAGAUCUUAGCUUUCCCCACCCCGCGGCCCCUGUGAAAUACAGUCCUCAGCUGGGAGCUCUCGUGAUCAGUGUCUCCUUCCCACUCCUUGCAGUCUGAUCUGCAACAUGUUGCUUGAAGUGGGAAACUUCACAGGGCCUCUGCUUGUUAAUAUGCCAACUCAUCUGAUAGGUUAAGCUAAAGUCAAGUCCAGUGCCACUUUUAGAGAACUGAUGUAAAAUUUAAGUUUUAUUUGGCAAUUAUUUUCUGUCUGAAUCAUGCCUUACUGAUGUACAGGGACAUUUAACUCUGCGCUACCUGACAGUACAGUAUUAACCCCAGCGCAAGUUAAUGCAGGGGAAGCACUGAACAGAUAGAAAGUAGCACGGCGAGGUACGCUGUUGCGUGUAAAUACUGUGCAGCUGACAGCAGCACACCCGGUUCACCUGCAGGCCUAGAGCGCAGAGUAGGUGUGAUUCUGUAGAUGCCAGGCACGCUGUCUCCUGGCAAGCAGAGGAGAGUCUGUGUGUGUAGGGUGGACGGUACAGGAGACAGACCCUUAGUUCUCAUCUGUUUUAAAGCAAUCACGGAUGCUAAUUAGCAUCACAUCCAGUGGGGGAAUGAUGCCCGCCUGUUCACAUAUCACAGGCUUCAGGGAGUCUGACAGCCUGAGGGAGUGCCAUAUUCCAUUCUUCGACCCCUUCUCCUCAAGUGAGGGAUACCAGCACCACUAGGAAAAAGGGGUGGCUGCACAGAGAGAGUUCAGUAAGGACAGAAAUAAUCUUUUUAACUUAGAAUUGAAGUAAAGCCGCCUAGUCGGAACCAAGGUCCGGACCCCUGCUGCCGCCUCCAUGCACUUACCAGCAUUUUCCAUGUGUACUGCCUUGUAUGUCCUGCCUGUGAGUGCCCAUCUGAUGACAAAUAAAUUGCAUCGCUAUGAAAUUAA